AUGUGCGCCAGGAUCGCCGAGCAGCAGCGGCAGCGGGCUUCGGCCGCGAGGCGCCUGCGCCAGGCGGAGGACGAGCGCAGGCUCGAGAGGUUGGUGGCGGGGAGGACGGCGAUGAUGAUCCGGCCGCUGGACCUGUCGGUGAACAACCACCUGCAACAGCUGCGCGCGUCGGUGGACGCGUCGUGGUCGUCUUUCUCGACGGCCUGGGACGCGAGACGGGCGAGGGGUAGCGGGUCGGGAAGCACCGAAGGCGGCGGGCUGCACUCGGAUGCGAAGGCGACUGCUGCGCCGCCGCUACCCCCCGCCGCCGGGUUCGUGAUGCCCCCCUGCACCCACCGCGGAGCCCCCCCCGCCGCCGGCAGUGGGAGAGGGCGACGGCACACGGCCGUCGAAGAGGGGGAGAGAACAGCAGCGGCGGAGGCGGAGUGCCCGGAGUGCGCCGCGAUUGCCGCCGCGCACGUGCUCGCCGGCGCCGGCGCCGCCACCACCGGUGGACGGCUGCAACAGCAGCAGGGGAGAGGAACCGACGUCUUCGACGUCUGGGCGGGUUCCUCGCUGGGGGUUCUCAACGCAGACGCGCUGCACAGGUCGCUGACCUUCCUGCAGCCCCGGGACCUGCUAGAGCUGGCGCAGGCGUCGAGGGGGGCCCGGGAGGCGGCGGACUCGCAGCUGGUGUGGAGGGAGGUGUGGUGGGCGAGGUUCGGAGCGAUCUGGGAGUCGGAGAUCUGCAAGAAGGCGGCGCGGAGAUGGCACCUGCACGAUUGGAACCCCAAGUCGUCUGCGGUAACUCAGCGUUCGUUCAUUCUCCGUUGCGUUGGUGCCACCUGGAGUUGUUGGGCCGGCGGCAAGUGCUGGGUGUCCAUGCUGCUCAUCGCGUGUGUUGUUGGUUGGUUGCGUGGUUUGUGCCAAUGGCGAGUCGGUCUGUUUGCGACACCUCAGAACAGAUACAAUUGUACAACCAACUAG